CACCCCAGCUCUGUACAGGGAGCGGAAAUGUUUGUCCUUGUUGAGGCUAAUGGGGAGAGGAUAGAGCCAUGACGUUCUUCUUCCUGUGGGAGAAGAUCCUGAUUCCUGAAGAGCUACCCCUACAGGCUCAAGAUCUCCCCAUAAAACAGGCCUCUGCAAUUUGCUCACAGCUUCAGAGCCAGCGUUCAGAAGGGGAGAAAUGAACAGCGGCUCAAGAGCCUUGGGGUAGGGAAACACCUUUCUGACCAGAGCCCCUCUCUACAUCUGCCCCCUCAGUACAGGGGUUCUAGGCCCCUGUUAUCUCCUCUUCCCUCAUGACUCAGGCGCCCCACACUCAGCACACACUCAGUGUAGUAACACUUUCAAGUUAAGCCAGAGCCAGGACUGGACUGGAAGGAGGAGACCAAAAAACAGGAGUGCCUGCCCAGUAACCCAGGGCAACUCCACAACACAAGGGGCCAUUACCUUUCGUCUGCCAGACAGGCCAGCUGGGUGAGGAAGGGCUGUGGAGCUAGGAGCGAGUUUGGAGGCCAAAGGCUGCAGGUGACUCAGGUGCCUGUGGGAGUUUCGGGAGAAGAGGGCAUUCAUCCCAGAACUGAUUCUGGAGGGGGGGCCAGAGGCCAAAUGGCAAGGGUGUAAGGAGCUUCCUGAGUCAUCUGCCUCUAUCCAGCCUGAUCCAGUUGUAAGGGAGAUCUUCGUGUCAGCCACCCCGCAAGCAGCUCUUAAGACUCUAAGCACCUAGGAAUCCAUGAAGCUGGGGACAAUUUGAUUCACCUGUCCCAAAAACACAGGUAAGAAGGGGUUACAGGGUAAAAACCCUUAUUACAGAGUAAAAGACUGGAUGGGGUGCAAAGAUGGCCAAUUAGGCCAUCCCAUCGAAGUGUGGGUCUUCCAGCCAGCAGGUCCAUGGCUGGCAGGACUGUGCCCCCCGGAUGCCAGGAAGAGGAUACUGCCAAAGAGCCCGGGCUGAAACUAUCACCGGUGAGGCCUUCAGGCCACCUCCCUGGUAUUGAAGAGGCCCGACAAGCAGGUCCAGGCCCGGCCUCCCGCCGUGGUUCUGUGCUGGGCCCAGCCUUGUCCUUCUCACGCCGCAACUCGAUGGCCGCACCAGGCGCGGGUCCUGGGGGUCGUCGACCAUCACUGGGCCCAGUUCCUCUUCUCGGUUCACGGGUUAGCUUCUCCGGGUUGCCCUUAGUGCCCCUGCGUCGGGUGGCGCCCUCCUACCGCACAGAGCCGGCGCCAGGGGAGCACUGGGAGGCCUCACGUUUACAGCGCGCGCUGGAGGCAGCGCUGGAGACGAGGCUGUGCAAUGCUUGCUACUCGGGCGCAGAGGCCGGGCCUCUGACUCAGGAGCUGUGCGAGCUGGUGCGUGUGCGCCUGCGCGAGAUCAGCCCCCCGCGCCACAAGCUGGUGUGCAGCGUGGUGCUGGGGCCACGCGCCGGCCAGGGUAUGCACGUGGUCAGCCGUGCGCUCUGGGACACGGAACGCGACGGGCUGGCCUCCGCCGCCUUCACCAAUGCCUCGCUCUUCGCCGUGGCCGUGGUCCACGGGCUCUACUACGAGUGAAGAGGACUCAAGUUCUGCAAAACGGUUUAUUUAUUAUCCCAGGAGGAGGGCCUCCCUGGGUCUCAAUCCCAAUAAAUAAAUGUCUGUCAAUAAAUAAAAGUGGUCCAUAAAUAAUGUCCCCUAGCUGGGG